GGUUGGGUUGACCUGACAUGAAUUCCUGCACAAUCCGUCGCUGGAGGCGCAUCAAGCUGCAACAUGCAGACGAGAGGAGAGAGACGGCGUUUUACUGAUUAAAAGUCUGAGGAAGAGACAUUUCUGCAAACUGAUCUAAUGACCAAAAUUAUUAUAUUGCCAUGUUAUAUUGAUUGUAAUUGAAUCUAUCUGAUGUCUGGGCACAUGUUUACAGCAGUGUAGUGUUGAGGCGCGGUGGGUUGGCACGAGGCGCGUCAGCGUAGCCUGCAUGGCGCAGGUAGGCGUGGAGAGGCGCGCGCCUGGACUCGAAAUCCGGAACGACAUGAUGAAGACAAGCAUUUUCAAACUAAACAGAUAAUGACAACUUCUCGUCAGAAAGUUACAGCGACAGUUUGACAGCAAGAAGCGUGGUCACGGUUCGAGGUUGGUUUCCCACAUUUUUUCAACUUGCCUCAGAGUAAUCUCGUCAUCCAAUGGCAUAUGGUAGACUUCAUGACCACUGAAGACCCUUGUGUCUAGUCUUCUAUGGAGCCUGACCAGGAAAUUACUCUGUGGCUGACCAGUCUGCAUCUGCCCCAAUAUGCCUCCAGCUUCGCCAGGGCUGGCUACCGUUGCUUUAAAGACCUUAGGAGCCUAACGGAGGAGAAGCUUCUUGAAGUGGACAAUAUUCCCACAGGACACCGGCGGAGGAUCCUAAGCAGCCUGGAGACCAUGAUGGUGGAAGUGGAUGGAGGUAAAGGUUCUAUGAAAGUACCCGUGAGGAGAAAGCCAAUCCCAAGUCCUAGACAAGUGCUUCCCAAGGCUAAGAAGAGCGGCAUAUCUUGUCAACAUUCUCAGGGCAGUAACAUCCAGACAACAAGGCAAACUCUUCUUUCAGGGACUAGUGUUACAUGUUACACUGUUUCCUCCAGCUCAGGCUCCACCUCUGAGCAUGACAGCAGCGAAUCACUGGAGAACUUUUCAGAAGAACCUAUUCCAGAGGAGAAUGAUGACUUUCCCUCAGAAGGAGCUUCUGUAGGGUUUCAGGGAGAAAUGGUUGAAAAUGAAAUAUAUGAGCAGUGCACCUUAAUUAAGGGACCCUCUGAGCCGAGGUCUACCCUCUCCCAUAAGCUAAGACCCGUUCCAGAGAUCCCUGAGCAUCCCUUCAAACCUCCUUAUGACUGGAAUGUGGCAGCAAACAACAACAUUGAGCAUCUCUCAAGGUCUGAGGGACACGUCUGCCACACAUGCAGUAAGGAAGCACCACUUCAAAGGACCUUGUCUCCCAUUGGCCCAUAUGGAGAGCUUUUUCUGUAUAAUUCUGCAGAAAUAGAAACGGAUAUGUCCAGUCAAGGAGGAAAAGAGAACCUGGAACAACAAAAGUUAAGAAACAAGCAGACACAAACAAGACAAAAACAAAAGACAAUAACACAAAAUAACAAGAAGCAAGACCUUUCCAAGCAACAUUAUGUCGAUGAUGAUGAUUACUCCACUCUACAAGAACCCACAGUUAGUCAGUGCUUGGCUAAUGAAUGCUCUUUUAAACAUCCUACACCGUCCACUCUUCUCUCGAGCACUGGACAAUCAGCUUUGGCCCAGCCACAAUCAGAUGUGAAUGACAUAUACAGUAUGGCACAAGAAGACCUACCAGGCCUACUGAGACCAAACCUUCCUUCUCAAACAGAAGAUUCCAUUUCUCCUUAUGCCUGUUUCUAUGGGACCCGUGCUGCAGCCACCAAAGCAGGCUGGCUAGACAAACUCUCCCCUCAAGGAAACUGUGUCUUUCAGAGAAGGUGGGUGAAGCUUGAAGGAGGAAAUCUCACUUACUACAACAGCGAUAAGGAGAUGUACUCGAAGGGCCUGAUACCUGUUUCAGCAGUUAAACAAGUUUGCGCUCUGGGUGAAAAUAAGUUUGAGGUGGUCACCUCUGUAAGAACCUUUGUGUUUCGGGCAGAGAAAGAAGGAGAGCGUCAGGAUUGGCUAGAUGUUCUCCAGUCUGCUGUGAGCUCCCAGUCCUCCAUUUCCCAUCAGCCUUGCAAAAAUAACACGAGCAAGAGUGGCUACGUCGAGCUGCGUGGCCUCAAAGGAAGAGUCUUCCUCAGCCUCAUGAGAACCAGCUUCAGAGUCUGUAAAACAGACCAGGACUUUAACGCUGGGCUGGCCAUCACUGUGGUGGACCUGACGGCUGCGUGUGUGAAACAAGUUGAGAGGAAAGGAUUUGAGAUCACUACACCUUUCAAAUCCUUCUGUUUCUCAGUGGAGUCGGAGCAUGAGAGAGAGGAAUGGAUAGAGGCAGUUCAAGAGUCCAUCGUAGAGACAUUAUGCAAUUACGAGGUGCUUGAGAAGGUUUGGUUCAACAAGUCCAACAGGAAGUGCGCUGAUUGUCAGGCUCCUGAGCCGGAAUGGGCCUCCAUCAACCUGUGUGUGGUCAUCUGCAAGAAUUGUGCAGGUCACCAUCGAUUCCUGGGUCCUGGUAUCUCAAAGGUCCGCAGCAUGAAGCUAGACAGCAGCAUAUGGACCAAUGAGCUCAUUGAGCUUUUUUUAGACGUUGGGAAUAAAAAUUCCAACAGCUUCUGGGAAGCAAAUCUUCCCCCAGAGGACGAGCUUUGCAAGCAACCAUCGCCGGAGCAGCGUGCAUCCUUUAUCUGCAGGAAGUACAAAAAGAGGAAGUACAAGAAAGUUCUAGAAUGUCUGAACACUCAAGAGGAACUCAACAAGGCCCUGUGUGCUGCAGUGGUUCUCCCUGAUAUCCUGCAAACCAUGGCCCUGGUUUUCAGUGGGGCGGAUGUGAUGUGUGCGACAGGUGACCCUGAGUACUCCACCCCCUAUCUAAUGGCUCAGAAAGCAGGCCAGAGGCUGCAGAUGGAGUUUCUCCACCACAACAAGCUCUCAGAUUUUCCAAAGCUGGAAGCAGUAUGUGACAGCAGUUUUUCAGCUGAUGUUCCUUCUUUUAUGGAUGGAUUUCUCUUUUGCUCUGUAAAUGCCAGCAAGGCCACUCUGGACCGGAAAGGAAGACUCGACAUGGUCCGCUGUUGGUGUACGUUGGAAGGUGGAUUUCUUAGUUACUAUGACAAUGAGAAGAACGCUACACCCAUUGGCCGAGUUGACCUUAGUGACGUGGUGAGCCUGGCCAUCAACAACACUGAGAACAUCACCGAAACAGGGACAGUGUUCACCUUUGAGUUGUACCUGCGCUCUCAGAGAGUGCUGGUGUUUGGAGCAGAGACCUCAGACGCACACCAGGAUUGGACACUUGCCAUCGCCAAGUGUUUUGUCCCUGCAAGGGCUGAUGCUCUGCUGAGGCAGGACAGUGAGCUUAUUGGCCGACUGCACUAUAAAGAGGGUCAUGACCUUUAUCAUUGGCGAAUGGGAUGGUUUGCUCUGGUGGCCUCAGAACUCUACUUCUGUUCUGCAGAUGAAGAUGAAGAGGAGGGAGUUCUUCAACUCAAACGCCUACAAGAGCUUACUGUGUCCACUCAUAUAGAGGGUGAUGAGAAGAUUCAGGUCUUAAUCAUGGUCGAGAGCGGGAGAACUGUGUACAUACAUGGCAUAACCAAGCAGGACUUUGCACUGUGGCAUUCUUCCAUCCAGUUGGCAGCUCUGACGGACGGUAUGGCUCUGGGCAACCAGCAAAUGAAUAAAAAUGAUGUUCCUAUCAUUGUGGAUAGCUGCAUUUCUUUUGUUACCCAAUAUGGUUUGUGUUAUGAGGGAAUCUACCAGAAAAACGGUGACCCGGGCCGUGUGGCCCAGCUUCUGAAGGAGUUUACCAUGAACGCUCGGGUUGUUAAACUAAGGGCUCAAGACCACCGGCUAGAGGACGUCACAGACACACUCAAGAGCUUCCUGUCUCACAGUGAAGAUGCUGUUUUGGCUAAAGAGCUGUACCCUUUUUGGAUCUCUGCCCUUGAUGAACAGGAUGAGAAGGUCAGAGUGCAAAAAUAUUCAUCCUACAUUCAGAGUUUACCCAAGGUCAACAGAUCAACUCUCGGUGCUCUGCUGCAGCAUUUGUACAGGAUCCAGAGGUGCUCACAUAUCAACCAGAUGAGCACGGAGUGGCUGGCAUGUGUUUUUUCCUCAUGCCUGUUUCAGACAAAGGGACACACGGCUCAGGAGACCCGCGUGGUGGAAGACCUCAUCAACAAUUACAUCCAGCUCUUCUCUGUCAAUGAAGAGCAGGUUAGGCAAAUGGAGAAAGAAAACAGCUUUAUCACCAGGUGGAAGGACACCACAUUCUCUCCUGCUGGUGACCUGAUAUUUGAAGUCUACUUAGAAAAAAAGCUGCCAGAGAAGUGCUGUUUAAUCAAGGUCUCUCCUAACAUGAGGUCAGACGAGCUUGCCAUCAGCACUCUGGAGAUGAAGGGGAUGGAGGUCAAAGCUCAAGAUCUCUGGACCACUUUUGAGGUCAUUGAGAAUGGAGAGAUGGAGCGGCCCUUACACUACAAAGAGAAGAUUCUGGAGCAAGUAUUGGACUGGAGCUCUCUGGAGGAUCCCAGUUCGGCCUUUCUGCUCAUUAAGAAAUAUUCUGGUUCUAAAAUGACAGAUUCCAACUCAGAUAAACUCAAAGAUUUCAUUAAAGGAGAGCAACUCAAAUUUAAAGACGGUUCUUCCAAACUGCUGUUGGGGAACAAGUUUCAGGACCGCUACCUGGUACUACAAGAUAAAAAACUGCUGUUAUACAAAGAUAUAAAAAGUACCAAACCAGAAAGAGAGGCUCCAUUAAAGUCUGUUAAAUGUUACCUAGGGCUGCGAAGGAAGUUGAAACCAACAAGCAGCUGGGGUUUUACUGUUUAUACUGAAAAGCAGCAGUGGUAUUUCUGCUGUAAAGGGAAUGAUUCUCAGCAGGACUGGGUCACCUCCAUUAUCAGAGUGAAGCAUGAAAGUGACUUAUGGCCUAGAGACCUAAAGCAGAGUGCUUCGUUACCUUAUAACCUGAGCAGAGGAAGAACAUCCACUUACAGCACCAGCACAGCCAAACACCAGAGAGAGGCUAAAGGGAAGUCAGUCAAAAGUACAGGUUCAAAUAGACAAAACCAAGUGACCACAGAUGAGGUCAACCAACCGGACUCGAUGCAUAAAUUGGCUAGCGGUGAAGGAACUCUGUGUGUCUCCGGGCUUGAAAUGGUGACUGAUGAGACACUCCAGUCGUCCCGAAGACCAUCAAUUCAACAAGACCCCAGCGCUCUCAACCAGCUUACACAAAAUAAAGCUAUGUUGCCCAGCAGAAGUUUGCAGUUGCCACAAAACAUCAUUAGUGAACUAAAUACUGUUCUCAACAAAACAGGACGCUCUUCGAAAGAAGCCAAUUAAGAGAGACAGAGACAGAAAGACAAGAGUCUUGUCUGUUGCACUUCCAUUGUGCAUGAGGGAAAAAAAGACCCACAAAAAUCAACCCAAAAAGCACUGUUGCCUCUCAGUAAAGAAGUCAGAUAUACUGGAGAGUGGAGAAUACAUGGAGAGUUAGUACACUCUUAAGAAAAAUGGUUCUUCAGCUAGAACCCUUUUAUAAGGCUGCUUAAAGAACCAUGCUUUGAAAGUUAUAAAUAACCUUUUUUUAAUGAUAGUUUAUUUUAAUUAAUAUUAGUAUGUAUACAUAAUAUCAGUAUUAUUAAUAUUAUUUUUAUAUAUUUAUUUAAACAUUUUUUUACGCAUUUAUGUACCUGCUCUUAUAAUAUAUUGUAGCCUCUGUUAGUGUUUACAUUAAAACAACAACAACGACAACACCAUGUUGUGUGAAUAAUUCCAAAAUUCUAACAAUAUGGAAUAUAAAUACAGUAUCUCUAUUAAUUACUUGGUGGAGAAGAGGAGAGUGUUUCAUCAGCUUAACAGAGUUGCUCACACUUACAUGUGAUCAAAAAACUAAAAAAAGAGAAAAGAACGUGUUACUAAAAUAUGAGCUAGUUAUGAUUUAAAUAAGUUAAAUUUUUAUUCAGAUUUACGAAUGAAAUCAUUUACUUGUUAAAAGUGUAGACCACGGUUGUCAAACUCAAUUCCUGGAGGGCUGGAACCCUGCAGAGUUAAGAUUCAACCCUAAUUAAACACACCUGAUCCAACUAAUCAAGUCCUUCAGGCUUAUUUCAAAACUACAUGGUGUGUGUGUUGGAGAAGGAUUGGAACAAAACUCUGCAGGGCUCCGGCCCUCCAAGAACUGAGUUUGACACCCCUGGUGUAGACUAGAGUUCCAGAAAAUCAAUAAUGAGGUGACAUUGACAGUUUCAGAUUUGAAAAAAAAAAAAAGGCUAGAAUAAAGAACCCUAAACUCUAUAACAAAGAGCUAUUUCAGCAUAAAAGGGUUCAUUAAGAUGCUAUGGUUCUAAAUAGAACCAUUACCUACAUGUAAAGAACCUUAAAAGAACCAUCUUUUUUUAGAGUGUACAUAAAUGUUUAGACUGAGGUACACUGGUGGGUCAAACAUGGAUGUAAAGACUUAUUUUGCACACCUACAACUCUUUGCCAUACAGUAGGUUGCAUUAAGCCAUUAUCCUUUAAUUUAGAAUAAUAUAAUUCAUUAUUGAACAUUAGUGAUUGAUUUAGGCUUGGUAACAUGCAGUUCCCUCUUCAUUCUCACAUCUGUUUUUAUUCUAGAUGAGGCUGAAAAAGACACUACUAACAGUUUGCACAAAGGUUCAGUUUAUUUGCAUGAAGCUGGCAUGAAAUGAAAUUUUACCCUAUUUUUUCAAUGCUUGCUGUUGAUCUUAUUGUGAACAGUUCAUCUAUGUACAAGGUUUUUUUGGUCUUUUUACCUUAUCAUUUUUAAUUAAAAUAUCAAAAUUAUUCUUCCAGUGAAACAACAGUUGGCUAUACAUUCAUGGUUGGAUAUAAAUUACAAUAUGGAAAAAAGGAUCUAUCGCCACUUCUGUUACAUAACAUUAAUCUAUUAGGUAACAUUAACAGUGACCAGUACUUUUACUGCAUUGGUUACUCUACUGUAGGUAAUGUUCAUUUCUACCACAUUUCUAACACAUUUGUAACAUUUCAAGCUACAUUCAUUAACAUUAAUGUAUUAUGAGCAAACAUGAUAAAACUAUAAACAGUUUUAUGUUUAUAAGUCAACACUAAAAGGCUGUAAAAUGUUAGUUCAUGAUAGCUAAUGCAUUGGCUAAUGUUAACAAAUUUAACCUUAUUGUAAAGUAAUCUUACAAGAAGUAAGUUUAGUUCAGUUUAACUCUUUUUGGUUCUAUUUUGAUCAUUUUAAUAGUGAUGUUCUCCAAGAUCUACCAAGCAUCUUUUUGACUUAGAGAAUUGUGUCCUUUUAUAGUUGGGUACAAAAAUAGCCCUGCUGUUUUCCCUCAUUCACAUUCCUCUUUUUUUCAUGCCAGCAAAGGUUGAAGACAUGCUCCAAUUGCAUUGAUCUGUUUAGAACUUAUCAAACCUCCAAGUAAUGAAAGUGGUUGUUCAGAAGUGAGCUGAAUUAGUCAUUCAAUUCCUAAUGGUCUACCAUGUGUUUUUUUCAAGAGAACCUCGUGCCUAUUUAUAGUUGGAUAUAAAACUUACCCACCAUUCCAAACACUCCAAAGUUGUUGAAUAAUGUAUAAUAGAAUGAGUAUGAGCAUACACAUUGAAUAUUGUCACCCAGUUUGAUAUUAAAUAUUUAUAGUUGAAACUUCAUGUAGAUUAUGAAUCACGUAACAGCCAUCUGCAUCUCAUGGUCGUUUUUAAAAUGGUAAUCAUGCACUCUGUCAUCAAAACAUGUAACAAACUAAAGUCUGUGUGACGUUAAUAAAGUUAAACGGUUCAUAAAGUACACUACUAUUUAAAGAAGUCUUCUAUGCUCAACAAUGCUGCAUAUAUUUGAUUAAAAAAAAGAAGUAAAAACAGUAAUAUUGUAAUUUAUUAAUUAAAACUAAAAGCACAAAAAAAUGUUAACUGAAAUAAAAUGAAAUUCUUAUUUUAUUUUAGCUCAUUUCCAAGGCAACAUUUUUCAUUUUCAUUAAGCUUAACUAACUGAAAUAACUAAAACUAAUAUAAAAAUAAAUAAAAACUAUAAAGACGUUUAAAAACAAAAAAAACUAAUAAAAAUUACAUAAAACACAACCAAAUUAUUAAAACUUAAACUAAAAUUAGCAUGAACAAAUUUCAAAAGAACAGCAUUAUUGGAAAUAUAAAUAAUUUAACAUUAUAAAAGCCUAAUCUGAAACUUUUGAUCAAUUUAAUGCAUAUUCGCGAAGUUAAAAUAAAUCUUAGCCCAAACUUUGGAACGGGGGUGUAUAUACUGUAUGUUCACUGUAUGUAUGUUGUGUCUGCUUAAUUGCAGUCACUUUAGAAAUGCUCUCUAAACUCCUCAACGUCUGUGUAAAUAUACUGGAGAAUUGCCAGUGGUUUAUGGUCUGCUUGUUAAAGUAUGCUGCUGCCAUUUUGAUUUGAGAGUGUUUCUGUUACCCUUAAAGUGUUAAUCAGUUUGUAUUCCAUGUGUUUUAUUGUCUUCGUCUCAUUUACUGUCUGUAAUCAGGUGUAAGUGACACACCUGCACCGUCUCCCUCAUUAAAGUUUUUAUGCUUGAAUUAA